GACGCUCUAAUUGUUUAUCUACUUUCUCUUUUGCUCCGAAGUCUCUCAGGAGGUUCCGAAAAGUGGAAAGCCGCCCAACCAUGGCUUCUACUUCCAAUUCACUAUUUUCCACUGUUAGUUGAUUUAUUUUCGUUUUCUAAUUAAAUCGAAAACGCAGCGAGAAAAUAAGCGGCGCAAUCUCGGUGAAAUUGGCCGCGCGAGUCGGUUCUUGGCGUUUUUAAAUGAGUCGCUGAGCUUGGAGUAGGAAAGCUCAGCUGGAUUCCUCGGUGGAUUCUGUGGUUCUAGCGGAUCUGGUUACUUUGCUGCUUUCUCACGGCUGUCACUGGUUUCCUGCGCGAUUGUUUUGAAAAGCCCCAACUUUUUUCCCAAAAAAAAGCCCCCAAUCUUUUGUUUUUCUUCGAUUUUUUUUCCUUUAGUGGGGUAAAGGGGUCGGGAAAAGAAAGAAAGGUGGAAUUUUGAAGACUUUGUGAUGGGAAACUGCUGGAGCACGAGGUUCAAGGGCGUCGCUCCAUCGUACAGCGCUUCUACGUUGGCCGCGAGCACAGGUGCUAACUCAAAGAUUAGCAGUAAGAGUGGAAAUGGAUUAAGCAGCAGCAGCAGCAGCAACAGCAACAGCAGUUAUGCUUCCUCAUCUUCUGUGCCUAUUACCCCACGUAGUGAGGGAGAAAUUCUACAGUCUACAAAUGUGAAAAGCUUUUCGUUCAGUGAACUCAAAAGCGCCACCAGAAACUUUCGCCCUGAUAGUGUGUUAGGAGAAGGAGGUUUUGGUUCUGUUUUUAAGGGCUGGAUCAAUGAGAAAACGCUCGAGGCAACAAAACCAGGUGCUGGGAUAGUUAUUGCUGUAAAGAGGCUCAACCAGGAUGGUUUUCAGGGGCAUAGGGAAUGGUUGGCCGAAGUCAAUUAUCUUGGACAGCUACAUCACCCCAAUCUUGUAAAGCUGAUUGGAUACUGCUUAGAGGAUGAGCAUCGGCUUCUGGUUUAUGAAUUCAUGCCUCGAGGGAGCCUUGAAAACCAUCUCUUCAGGAGAGGUUCAUAUUUUCAACCACUUUCCUGGAAUCUGAGAAUGAAAGUCGCACUUGGGGCAGCAAGAGGAUUGGCUUUUCUCCACAGUGCUGAAACUAAAGUCAUUUAUCGUGAUUUUAAGACUUCCAAUGUGCUUCUGGAUUCAAACUACAGUGCUAAGCUUUCUGACUUUGGAUUGGCAAAAGAUGGACCUACAGGUGAUAAGAGUCAUGUUUCCACUAGGGUAAUGGGAACAUAUGGAUAUGCUGCUCCUGAAUAUCUUGCAACAGGUCAUCUCACCACGAAGAGCGAUGUGUACAGCUUCGGUGUCGUCCUCCUUGAGAUGUUAUCAGGCAGGCGUGCCAUUGACAAGAACAGGCCUACCGGAGAGCACAAUCUGGUGGAAUGGGCAAGACCCUACCUCACAAAUAAACGAAAGAUCUUCCGAGUCUUGGACAGCAGGCUUGAAGGACAGUAUUCAAUUGAAGGAGCUCAGAAAGCAGCCUCUCUUGCCUUCCAGUGCUUGUUAACUGAAGGGAGGUUAAGGCCGAGCAUGGAGGAGGUGGUUUCUGUUCUCGAGCAGCUUCUGGAGAUUAAGAAUGGAGGGAAGAAAAACCAAGUGGAGCAGAAGAUCCAUGCUCAGAGCUUCGGAAGUGGAUCGCAAAGACCCAGAAUGAGAAGCUUGGAAGAUAGUGCGAGUGCGAAGGUCGCUUAUCCUAGGCCUCUGGCUUCUACUCUGUUCGAGUAGGAGAUUUGGAUGUACUUGUUAGAAGGAAGUUUGAACUGGAAAUCUCCAAUGCUUUUGCUGCCCGUAUUGUAUUGAGAGUAUGUAUAGGUAGUGUCAAUUUGCAUCAUUUUGACCGUUUGGUAACUUAAAAUUCAAAUCUUUUCAAGCUUGGGAUGGAAUUUUUAA